GUCCAGAUAAAGAGAGAGCGCAUAGAGACGAGAACGCAGAGCCGAUCAGGAAAUGCUGUUUUGGUUUAGGAAACACAAGUGAAAUCGCCCUGCGACGUUUUGGAAAACUGGUUUAUCAUAAUGUCCAAGGACCCCGUAGUCCAGUUUGGUGUGUUUUACGCCUUACUGUUUCCAGUCUUUGGUUUAGUUCCUUCUCCAACAAACGUCAGUGUUGUUUGUCACAACUUUGUGAAUGUCCUCUACUGGAACUACAGUAACCCAACCGAACAGCUGAAAUUCAGUGUAAAGGUUAAACCUUACGUAAGUGAUUCCCAAACCGCUGACACCUAUCAGACGUACCUUGAUAUCAGCAGCUACAGCAGAGAUGUGGGUGACGAUUACAUAGUGUUCGUGACGGCACAUGACGGGCAAGAGAAAUCAGAAAGCGUCUCCAUUACAUUCACCUACAGCCAAGACUUUUUUGAAGAGAAAAAACAAAAAUGCUCUUUGGACUUCCCUGCUGUAAAUACAUCUGUCCACAAAAAUGUGAUUGAAGUGUCCUUUCAGCACCCUUUCUUUCUUCAUCAGCAAGACAUUCUGAAAGAAAAAUUUAUGUACACAGUCACACAUGAUGAGCAAAAGGUUUUAUACACAUGUUUUGUGGAGGAGAAGCUGUGCACUGCGAAAAUCCACCUGAACGAAAGUACUGCUGGACAGUGUGUUGAGCUGAAGUUUGAAGGGAAGAUUGCUGGUAUUCCUUCAUAUACCUACAGAAAUGUUUGUGUCCCUCAGCAGAUGCCAGAGACCGACAAAACGGGAUUAAUCGCAGCUGUGCUAGGUGGAGGGACCAUCGUGCUCUUCAUUAUCAUUGGCUUUGUGUGGCUGCUCUGGAAGAAAUGGUCCAAAAUUCCUAAAAUGCCUCAAAGUUUGUGGAAAGAUAUCCCCAGGCAGUCUCACACAAUCCUUGUUUCCCAACCCGAGCAGACCACUGUUUCUUCACUGACAUCUCAUGGACACAAACCCUUACUGACAGAUGCUUCUCCCCCCAUUUCCCCCACUGAGGAAGACUGCAAAGAAAACACAACCCUUGAUAUGGAUCUAUCUGAGGAGUCUGAAGAGGAUGUGAAUUGUGACGACUUUGAAGGCUUUGGCUUUUCGUCUGACUAUGACAGUCCCAAAUUCCUGCAGGAGAUGAGUCCAGGGGACAAUACUGAGGGAUACGGCCCACGGCCAGCUGUAAUUUAGGUCUGAACAUGUGUAAGAAUGACACUGGAAAGUCUUUGUGUUUCUUGUAGAAAGAUGGCCAGUUCAAUCAUUUUUUUGGUCCAUUAACAUUUCACACACUGAUCAGCAGGCUUGUCCAAGUCAAAGUUACUACAAAGUAACUACAGCCAUGGUGAGUUUCCCACUAACCUGCAUUAACAUAAAUGAAUGUGUAAAUAAAACCAUUUUGCUAGGGAAAAACCAAACAAACAGUAACAGAAAAAAGGAUAAUGUCCUGCCAAAAAUUUACAAGAACCUUUUACAGUACUUUAUUACCAGUAAUUUUAUGGACAUUUCCUUCAACCCUAAAAGAACACAAUACAAUGCAUAGUUUAAAAUGUAGGUAAAACACCUGUAAUUAACACAUUUUCCAAGGGAAUUGCAAAUAUGAAGCUCCUUCAAUCAACCAAAAGUUGUAAAAAUGAUCAUUUUUACUGAUGCAGGCAUCCAUUAACCAAUGAGAAUGUCAGAGAGGUGGGUCCAGAAAUUGCUGCAUUCCCACUUGAUUUAAAACUGACCUGACUUUUCAACAUCGAAACACAUCUCCCACACCCCUGAUGCUUUGGCAAGGCCUCUCUAAUGUGUGAGGAACUAAAACUUCAUGUGUAGGUGCAUAUGAGCCAUGACUUUUCUGUUUUUCAUAAGGGGAUAUUGCAGGUUGGUACUUUUAUUCUUAAUUUUGUCAUGAACACGUGUCAUAGCAUACAUUUACAUCAGAGGCGAAUGACGUGCUGGAUUCAGUGCUGCUGUAGCUUUCACUUUGGAGAACUUUUUUUCAAGCUGAAUAUAUCACUUGUGUCACUAUAUGCACAUUUCUAGGCAGUGGUUUAUUCUGUUACGUUGUGAAGUGUUUGCUGUGAUAACCCUUAUGUUCAGAUGUCUGCUAAAAGCUACAGUUAAUAUCUGCCAGACGCUUCUCUGUAAUUGUACAAUUCUCUGGCUGAAAUUGUUACACAUUGUAGCUUGUAUAAACAGAACUGCAUUACUCUGAAUGCCUCAUGAGCAAACGUUACACAAUAUAGUUGUGAUGUUACUAUUUAGUAUUUAGAAAAAUGCCAAGAUGUAAGAUCAAGGGGGAAAAUAUAUGUGGUAUGACACUGUUAA